GGAUUCUUCAGAAGGACCAUCAGACUGAAGUUGGAAUAUGACAACUGUGACCGACACUGUAAAAUACAGAAGAAGAACCGCAACAAGUGCCAAUACUGUCGCUUCCACAAGUGCCUUGCUGUGGGCAUGUCCAACAACGGUAAGAACUUAGUCAGUCCCUGAGUGUCCCAGUAUAUAAUAGUAUAUAAAAUAGUCGUGUAAUAAAGCUCGCUAGACCACCCGAGAGGUGGGGCAAGUACUGGAUUGAGCAGAGUAGCGUUACUCUGCCACCACCUUUGUUUGACUGGUAUGGUCCAGCUUCAGAGGAUAGGACACACCAAAACUCAACACAGAAAUAGCAAACAAUGAUUUUUAUUAGCUACAAAAUUUCAUAAGGCAGCGUGCAUGAAAUGCUAGGCGACCUACUGAAUUCCUGCAGUCUCUGUAACCCAAUCAGAAGGCUGCAAUGAGCCGAAGAAGGUGUAAGGCACACAGGCUAUUAAGUGCGAUAACUUGCUAAAAAGUGAAGCUACACACACACACUAGUGAGGUAUAUGGUUAAGGAGAACUGAACAUCCAAGGUUCUACUACUACUUCACUGCAAACUUGGCAUAUCCCAAUGAAACACAAUUGUACAAACAUGCAAAUUCACUGCACACAGGGGCAUAAUAGCCUACACACGGACCCACACCUGAUAAUAAAGUCAUAGAACCCCCCACUUUGAGCUAUGCACUGCAAUCCCUGUUCUGUCCGCCCCACAUAACCCAUUUAACAAGACUAGGCCAAUGAAAGAGGACCUAGACAUAACACUGAACAUUUAAAUGUAACAUUUAAAAACACUUAGCUCUCCUAGCUGACGGACCCCCCAUGGGGCAGGGCGUGUGCACCACCGUUGGGCCGGUCGGAGUGGCAGACCGGCAGUGGAUAUGUAUUCAAGGUGCACUGAAAAGGCUACAAACUGGACAGGAAUAACAACUAGGCUAUACUCGGAUUCAGGUUGAUCGCCGUUGUCAUGACUCUCCCUGGGUGAGGAUCAAAGGCCUCAUAUCAGCUUGGCAAAUGGCCGACAACAACCAGACUCUCUUACCCACAGGGGGCUGUGCCGGUCUUGACACCUUAAUACUGCCAUAAAUUAGAGAGGAGGAGAAUCUAUCUCUGACGUUCUAGUCUGGUGAAAGGAAUGCCUUUGUUUCAGAUACUUUUUGCCGCCCAAAAACUUCAACAUCCAACAAUGAACAUUGGGACAAUAUAUUUCAACAUCCAAACGUUGGGAAUGAUGAGAAAUGGAAUAUAGAAAAUGAAUGUCUAUUUUGUGAUGUCAUAAAAAUUUUAUAAAGGCGUUACAACGAAAACAUUGUGACUUGAAGAGCUUUUACACUGUGUAUAUCAGGUAUACAUCCUUUACCUUGGGUAGAAAAUAUCAAGGAGGAAGACAAUGUUUUCGUGAAGAUAGGAAUGUGAUUUUAGCUUUCUAACAAAAUCAUAGUGAUGAUAAUACUUUUGCCUCGUAACUAGCCAGGGAGCUCAGAGAGCAUGUCAGUAUGACGGAAACGCCCCUCUUUAGAGUCUACGACUUUCAGAAUGAGACUGAUAUGAGGUAAAUUAUUAAUAAAUGACUGUUAAAUGAUAAGAGAUAUCUAGAUAUCUUUAGAGUUAAUUCGGGAAACGGUAACUCGUUAAACAACUUUUCCCAUGGUUCCCCAAAUUCCUAAUGAGUUAAUUGUUAUAUGAUUAAUUUAAUCUAGUAACAAUUAAACAUAGUAGGUAAUUAUUCGAUAAAUAAUAGUCAUCACAAUAAUGAGUCACGUCACGACACCGUAGGUUUUAGCCUGAUGAAUUACAUAGAACAGAGGAGUGCACAAAUCUUAUGUUUGUGCUUUUCUAGUAACCAAUUUCUGUGUUCUUUGUUUGACGACCAGACCCUUGUUUUUAGAACGAAAGAUAUCUCAGUUUCAAGGUCUAAGCUUAGAGAGAAGAAGCCUCGUGAGGUAUUGGUCUGUCACAUGUGUCAUAACUCUCUCCUUGGUGAGGAUCAAAGGUGCCAGAUCAGCUUGGCAAAUGGCUGACAGAUAGCCAGACCCCCCCCGUCAAAAACUUCCGCACCUUUGACCCCGUUCCAGGUAAGCCAAACGACGCUGAGACAUAGAGUAUGCAUUGGAUGGCUACCCGAACGCUACGGGUUCUGACAUGCUUUACCUGUUGAAGUGAACGUCGAAUAGACACGUGACAAGGUUCAUUCGUCUACAACAGCAACACGUGCAAAACGACUACGCUAAACUUGCCACGGCUUUGAAAAAAGUAUUCAGUGGUUCUGCGACUCACAAACAUGACAGCUCACUGGCUAACACUGUCAAACAAGCUCGGAAUGAACACCCACAAGCUUACUAUCAUAGCCUUCAUUCAGCUUACUUUGGUCUACUCACUGAAACAGGAAUGGACGAGCUAUUACCAUUCAAACGAAUGUUUCUGUCGAACAUGUAUUCCACCUUCAUUACCUACUUACCUACACCCCACGUUGGUUUGCCAAUCUCAGACCUCAGAAGGCUUGCAAGCACAGCUUUUGAGGCAUCAAAAGUGCGCAAAUCUAAGAGCCCUGUAAUCUCGGGUUUGAAGAUUGAUCAGGAGCACUCACUCCAGUUACAGAGUGCAUUAUCAGGUAUUGAAGCGUUGAGUGAUGACGCACAACAACGGUUUCUACCAUGAGACCACGAUACCAAUACCCACGCGGUCGAAAUAACUGUAAAGUACGUCGCCAGGAAAACAACAACCGCUACAAUCAACCUGAUCGUUACGUUCCUGCACCCAACCCACACAACGUGUCAGAGCACAAGGGUAAAAAAAGGUUCAAUGUCGACCAAAACACAGACCGAUGCACUCUAGAAGUUCUACUAAGAGAAGAACUAAAGUGAGAAAAAUUUGAGAAAAGGGAUCAAGUUAAGUCACUAUGACUAGACAUGGAAUUGGCGGAAAACAGGUCCGCCAGAAUUAACACCCUUAGCAAGGACGUAAACAAUCAAAUGACUCCCGCUCUCACUCGAGACCCUAUCCAGGGCCCACUCAAUCAAGAAACAAGCCCACAGGCUUUGUCUAUAGACUCUGAUACAAAUGUUGCGAAUCAAAAGGUAAAAAACAUCGCAAUAGCCAAUGCCACUCAAACCCCGAUAAGUCGAUCUGUCUUCACCAUGAACACAUAUGACACAUCACGUAGUUGCGAACAACCACUCCACUUUGUGGGGAAUAUGACCACAAAACGCAACUCAAACAGCACAUACCUGGAAACAGUCCUGGAGGACUGCUUAACCUGUUAUGCGCCAAUUAAUUCAGGCUCAACAAUGUCGCUCAUCUCUCAAACGUUGUUAAGUGAUCUCAAAAUGGCUUUUAACCCAGCUGAACGUUGGUUAAAAACGGAAAUAUGCGGCAUUAAACUUUUGAGGUGUCACUCAGACUACCUCUUCUCUCACAUUGAGACUCAUGCUGAAACUACACUUCCAAGACGUAUCGCUUGUUCACCCUGUGUAUGUUACCAGCCUUGAAAGUGAACCCCCGCUACUCAGAGCAGACUUGAUGGAUCGUUUGAUCCCUCUAAUGGAUUGGAAAAGCAACCAAGUAUGGUCACAGGUAACUGUGUCAUCUCCACUGACCACACUGUCUUCUCCGAAUGCUAGCUGCAACACAGUAAUCCACGAGGGGUAUCUAUCGAAAGGACCCCUUGAAAAAAAAAAAAAAGACGUUUAGUCAUUUUUACUUUAAUUUUCUUUGACUUAGGAACUGAUAGUGCCACAAACAAGUUCCCCAUACGACCACCAGUUAGUGACACAACGCCGCUCAUUUGGGGAAGAAAUGUAAUGAUGUAUUUCGUGAGUGUGUGUGCGUUGUUAACAUCUGCCUAAGUUACUGCCCAGAUCUACCAGCCUGGACGACCGGGCGACGGGUCCAGAACGGCGAUUCCCAACCCGGACAUCCCCUGCCCAUUCUUGUGGUGGUCUGCAGCUUGCAGAAACCCUACUAGGGUAAACCACCAGAUGGGGACCGCAACGAUGAUCCACAACCAGGACAUCCCGUGGUCAUUUUUAGGAUCAAAGGUGCCAGAUCAGCUUGGCAAAUGACAGAUAGCCAGACCCCCCCUCUCUCCCACAGGAGAGGAGAAGGGGGAGUUGGGCUGGUUUUAUGACUUAACAGCCGGUCAUAAAUAGUUUGCAGAAAAGGACUCAUUUUGGUCUCUAGUGUGGGAAGAAUUAGAUCUUCUUUGUUCCAGAGCCUUUGCUGAGACGUCCAAAAAGUAAACACUGGAACAAUAUUCCUAACAUCCGAAUGGUCAGUGGGGAUCUAAAGAAUAAUCAUGUCAUAUUGUUUAUUAUUUUGUGAUGUAAUUAAAAACUUUAUGAACCAAAUACUGUAAUUUAGGAAGGACACCCCCUUUAUCUGUCAAGUUUCCAUCCAAUACGUUGUCUAUGUGAUAUGAAAAUGGAUGAAACUAUUUUUGUUAAGAUAGGAAUGUGAUAUUAGUCAUAAGAGAUAAUCAUAUCCUUUGCACAGUAACUAGCCACGCCCCAAGUGCCAUCAGCGAUCAUGUCAGCAAGUAGGAACGCCCCUUUUACCAAGAGUGCAUAAAGGCUUGAAAGACAAAUUAACAUUAGAUCAGGAAGCGUGGAGCUAUGGAUACAUGGCUGAAAAUGGUUAGACCAGAAAACGUGAGAGUGGCGACUACACUUUUAGAAUGGUUAGAACUUUGAAUGAGAAAGACCAGCCGACGUGAAGCGCGAGCUCACGUUACAAAUGGUUGAACCUCUACAGACCAGCCAACGUGCAGCAGGAGCUUCACGUCGGCUGGAGUUUCUUAUCCGAAUGAGCGGUGGUUUCCAAAUGUAAUAACGAUAAGUUGAAUAUCUUUGUCUCUCCCUUUCGCUCUCUUUCUAUUGACCCCUCCCUUUUUGAUAACCUAUACCGUGUGUGUGUGAUUAUGUAUUCUGUGUUAUUAUUUAGUUAGUUAGUAAAUAAAUAAUUAACCUCUUAAGGAUUGGACACUCUUUUAAAUUUUCGCCUAAAAUGACAUACCCAAAUCUAACUGCCUGUAGCUCAGGUCCAUCAUCUUUGAAAUGCAAGAGAAGGCCACAAUAAAGUAUUACCGUUUAGGCGCAAUUUAGGUUUUGGCCGCUAGAUGGCAGCAGUGUAUGUGUGCAAAGUUUCAGAUUGAUCCAGUGAAGCACUGCAAUACUGGACUAUUUUGUAUCAAGUCUCCCCAAAUGUGCAGAAUUGGUCAAUUGAUAAAUUUUCAAGUACAUAACUAUAGAGAACAUAAAAAAAUGAUAUGGUAAGUUUACACACGCCCAGGAAUGCCAAACAUGAUGUUCAUUAGCUCAUACACUAACUUUCACACAUCUAGAUGGCCGGGCGGUGUCAGUGUGGCGCCAGAGACAGCAGGGGCUCAAACUGUAGAACCCAGUUCCUACAUUUGAAUAUAAAAAUUGAUUUUAUCAAACAAAACUAUGCUACAUUUUAUCUCUGGGACUCUUAGGAUGACAAAUCAGAGCAAGAGUAUUGAAUGUAAGUACAUUAUUUAACUUCAGAGGUGAAUGUAUCAAACCAGUUACCGUGAUAUGUUUUUUGUUGUUUUGCACUCUCAUCAAACAAUAGCAUGGCAUUUUUUCACUGUAAUAGCAACUGUAAAUUGGACAGUGCAGUUAGAUUAACAAGAAUUUAAGCUUUCUGCCCAUAUAAGACAUGUCUAUGUCCUGGAAAAGUUUGCUGUUACUUACAACAGUCAUGCUAAUCUCAUUAGCGCACGUUAGCUCAACCGUCCCAUAUAUGGGACACCGAUCCCGUAGAGGUUAACCCAAUUUGUGUAUUGCUAAUUCAUCAAUAAGGUUAGGGUUCUUGCAGGUUCAAGGAUUAUGCGACGUUCAGAAUGAGACUGAUGAGGUAAUGAUUUAAUAAGUUAUAAAUAUAUAACAUAUAUCAUCUAAGAGUUUAAUUCGGGAGAUGGUAACUCGUUAAACAACUUCUUCCGUGGUGCCCUAAAUUCCUAAUUAGUUAAUUGUUACAUGAUUAAUUUAAUCGAGUGACAAUUAAACAUAGUUAGUGGAUUCGAUAAAUAACAGUCAUCACAUGAAUGCAAGUCACGUCACUGCACAUGCAUGAACCAGCAUUGGUCGGUCACAUGAUUGAAGCAAACAUUAAUGAUGAAUUAAUGAUGAAUGAUGAAUAAGCUAAAUCAUGCAAAUAUAACUUGUCUGCAGUAUAUAACAGAAAUAACGGGACUGCCCCGGUAGAGCUCCUGACAGAUGUUCACUAUGGUGCAUCAAGUUUGUUGGAACCUCUCCAGUUAACUGUUAAUAAACAAUGAUUCAUUUAAGAUUGACUUUGAGUGUCCCAUGUGUAGAAUUUCCACGACAAAGCUUAGCCAAUUAAUUUGCAUGUCCAAGAACACGCUACAAAACAGUCUGUUCCCAAAAGCCGGGGAGAUGACUCGCACUCCUAGCAACCCCAGUAUCUUAUCUGGUUUUCCAAAUUCACCCUCACUACCUGUCUUCGUUGCCGGCUGCCCUAUCCAGCAGCAAACGACAACUUCCCUCCGUUAAAGCGGUCUACAGACAAUAGCAAACAUUGCCGACGCAGUUUUUUCCUACCUGGAAAUUGAGACCUGACGUAAUAUUCCUUGCGAAGACUGAGGGGCAGUAUUGAGUGAGUUUUGCAACGUCUGUGUCUACAUCCCAUAUUUUCCGGUAUUUCUUCUGGUAUAAACACAGAAGAGAUGGACGUUCUGCUACUUCACUACUACUACUUGCAAGCUUCCUUUUUUGUGCUUUUUAUUUUUGAGAUUUGCUAAGCGGAAUUAUGUCUAUGUCCAGUUUGGAGGAGUGUCUGUGCGAGCUGGUGAGACAAUACAAUAACCUUUUCAACCCUCUGAUGCGGUUGUAUUUGGACAAGCAAGCAAAUGUCAACAGCUGGAGGGACAAAUUACCGAUACUGACAUCAAAUAAACAUGGAGAAAGAUUCGGGACCGAUAUGUUCACAAUCUGAAAAGGGUGAAGGAGACGAGGAGUGCAGCUGCCGUGGGUGUGUGUCCCACCGAUUAUCAGACAACUGGGGUUUGGACAGUCCAGAGAUUGAGCUGAGCCCUGAGGGCUCAUCCCCGGCCACUCUCUCCAACGCCCAGGCCCUUCUCACCAACACCCAACCCACUGUCCAGAUGCACCCGUGCUCUCUGCCCUGCAACACCAUCAACCUCCACUCCAUCUCCCCGACCCAGCUCCAAUGGCUGGAAGAGGAAGACAGCUGAGAAUCUUUUGGACACUGACAUUAUGCAGCGGGUGGAUGACUUACGUAUGUGUGCAUCCUUCUGGUCUACCCCACAGCUAUCCGGUUUGGUCGGAUGCCUCAGUCAGAGAAGUUAAAGCUGAAGGCAGAACGCCAGACGGGGGAGAGAGAGGCGGGAGGAGACCCCAGGCAGGUGGACCACAAGACCCUGGUCAGACAGAUCCACGAAGCCUACAUGAAGAGCUUCAACAUGAACAAGGCUAAAGCACGGGUCAUACUGACCGGCAAGACCUGCACACCGGUGAGUGGGAGAAUUUCAUUACUUUGCUUUAAUGAAAACCACACUGUAAAUAUCCUGUUGUUUUAAUGUUACACUAAUUGAUUUACAGUACCAAUAAUGCUACUGCAAUAAUUUUACGGUAACAUAUUCUUACUGUAAAGGCUAAUUUGCAUAUUUCCCAGAGUGCCUUUCGAAUGAAUUGUAGAGUUAACAUGACUGUACUUGUUAGUGACAGAGACAUGGUUGUUGCAUUCAGCCAUGUUCAGUCCUGUGGCUUUCAUCAAGUGAGAUCGUAAGCGAAUAUGUCCUAAUUAAAAUUCAUCCGAACUACGAAACAUGAAUAUUUAUAAUGUUAUCCCCACACCCAUACAUUUCGCCUAGUGCAUGUGUCCAACUCAUUCCACGGAGGGCCAAGUGUCUGUGGGUUUUCGCUCCACCCUUGUACUUGAUUUGAUGACUUAAGGUCACUAAUUAGUAAGGAAUUCCCCUCACCUGGUAGUCUAGGACUUAGGAGUCUAGGCCCUCCGUGGAUUGAGUUUGACACCCUUGACCUAAGCCAUUUAAACUGGAACAACCAUUUCAGUAACGGGUGCAAAAAAUCUAACUCAUUGGAUUAGUUUAGAAACAUGUACGUUAUUUAUCUUUGUGUAGCAUAAGAUUAAUCAUUCAAUGUACAUACAAAAAUGCAGAUAUUAAAAACUAUUCCAAAAAAUCUACCUGCAGUAGAGCAUGCUGGGAAAUCUGAUAAUGAUUACAGAUAUUUUACAGUAAUUUACAGGUAACUGGCUGCCAGUAAGUUACCGUAAACAAAACAGUUUUAUGGUAUCAAUGCCGCUACUGUAAUCCAUUGACGGUACCAUUAAUGGUACUGUAAUCUAUUGUAAGGGAAGGGGAGAGUGAGAGUUGUUUGAAUUUAGGCUAAGUGAUGGUGCAAUUUGCCUAAUUUCCACAAGGGGCCUGCAUUUUACAUGUAGCUCCUAUUUUGUGUGUGCUUGGUUUACUUUUAACAAAGUUAUUUAGUAUUAUGAUGUGCCUUUCAAAUUGUAUAUUUUUUCUUUAAUAUAAAACAGCAUUGCCACAAAGAAAGCAAUGUAUAUAAACUAACAAAACAGCUUUGAUUUGGUUGCCCAUGUGCUUUUUGUGUGGCAUUCUUUUUGAUUGGUAAGUGCACAGCUACUGUGUUUUACAUAGCAUUUUUUUUACGGUAAUGGCCAAAAUACAUCCAAUAUUUCCAGUCCGUUAAAAAAAAUUCCACAAUGCAAUGCAAUUUACAGUAAUCUACUGUAUUCAUUUUAUACAGUAUGUUACUGUUGAUUAUACAGUAAUUUACUGUGACAAUAAACAAAAAAAAAUUGUGUACUACUAGUCAUUGACUGCUCACUGGCGCCCAUCUCUGGCAGCCUAUAUCAUGCACAACAUUUAGGACACGUUUCCUGGACCCAGAUUAAGCCUAGAGUUGGGCUAAAACACACUUUCAAUGAAGACUUUUUAUUGAGAAUGAUUUUUAAUCAUGGACUAGGUUUAAUCUGGAUCCAGGAAACCGGUCCAGAAUGUGUAAUAUACUAUACAUGACCUAACUAUGCUUAUAACACUGUAUUAUGUACUGAACUAGGUUAGUCUUUCUCUCUUCUCUUCUUUCCAGCAGCCUUUUGUCAUCCACGACAUGGAGACACUCCAGCUGGCUGAGCGGACAGUGAUGGCACGGCUGGUGGGUGGAGGAGGUGGAGGAGGUGGUGGUGUAGGCCCAGAUGGAGUAGGGUCUGGGCCCGAAGAGCUCCAGGCGAGGGAGGCAGAGGCCAGGCUGUUCCACUGCUCCCAAUGAUUCUCUGUGGAGACUGUGACAGAGCUCACAGAAUUCACCAAGUCCGUACCAGGCUUCCAGUGCCUGGACCUGAAUUACCAAGUGGGUGACCAGUGUUAGGAUUUGUAGAACUUGAUGUAUGUGCAAUGUGUGGUUCAUGUUAUGUUGUGUAUAUUGUAUCAUAUUCCUUGUGAAAUGUCUGUUGUUGUUUUAUGGAUGAAUCUUCUACAAAAACAAUUUCCGCCUGAGAAUAGUUUUCUACUACUUCUACUAAUAAUAAUCUACAUUUUCUUCCAGAAUUAAUUGAAGUUAACUGGCAUUGAUUGACCCCCAUACUCUGCAGGUGACUGUUGAAGUACGGGGUGUACGAGGCCCUCUUCACCCUCCUGGCCUCCUGUAUGAACAAAGAUGGCGUCCUGGUGGCGAGCGGAGGAGGGUUCAUUACCCGGGAGUUCCUCAAGAGUCUAUGGUGGCCCUUCAGCGACAUGAUGGAGCCCAAGUUCCAGUUCGCCAUGAGGUUUAACUCCUUAGCGUUGGACGACAGUGACCUGGUGCUGUUCGUGGCCACUAUCAUCUGCUGUGAAGGUAAAAUACAAAACACAGACCCUUUUGACUAUGGUGCAGCUAUGGCGGAUGCAUAGCUAGGCCAAUGCAGUACACUGUAAAAAAAAAAAAAAAACUAUUUGGAUCAAACUAAAAAAAUUGUUUCAACUGGUUACAAUAAACCAAUUUGGUUAUUGAAAAUAUAUUUCACAGCGGAUUAGAUGGUACAAUGAUUAUUUACACUGCUGUAUACAUUGCUUGUAUACAGAAAAUAAUAUUUCCUGUAAAUAAAACCCAUUUUUUAUCUUGCUCCAAUUCUAUUUUUCACUUUGUAUCUACCUAUCCAAAUUACUUCAACUGGGUUACAAGCAAUUCUAUAAAUUCCCCACAAAUCAAGAAAUUACAGUGGUUCAACAACAUGAUAUAGUGAUUCCAAAAUGACCUUUGGCGUCUUCAACAUAAAACAAUCACAUUUAUUGGCCACAAUAUUGUAGUCAAAUAGUACCUUCUUAACAAUGGAAGCCUUAAACAGGCUUUUAAAUACCACGUAGAAUUAUGCAAGAAUUUUAGAUUCAACGCAGGCAGUGUACAAGCCUAAAGCUUAGCAAUGGUGAAUACAACAGAACAGAUUAACUUGAAUGACAUCCACUCUGACGGGUGGCGAAAAAUAAUUACUUAAAGUCACGCCCCAUAUAAGCCACGUCUUCCUCUUCUGAUAGGUUGACGCCACUUCACUGCCCCAUCGCAAUGCAAUGUGCAUCUGCUUGUGUUGAAAGCGAUUUAGUAACUUUCAUUCAAUUUAAAACACCACAUUGAACUGUCAAUUAAUUGUUUGACUUUUAAAAAAUGAAUAGGUUAAACAAACCAAAGUCUAUACCAAUCAGCAUUCCUCUUCCAGAGUGUAUCACGUGCACUUAUGCAAGGACAAAUAAUAUAUAUUAUAUUAAAGUGAUGAAUAAGGUAGACCAUAUUCACAAGAAUGACAUUCACUCUGACGGGUGCGCAAAAAGAACAAUCUGAAAGCCCCCAAAAAACCAUGCCUCCAACUCUUCCAAUAGUGUGCAACUGCAGCCCGCAAUUCAGUGCAUUCCUGCAUGUGGGCAUUCCUGUGAGACUUUUGAAUGUGGGUCAAAAGGGAAAUAAUAGUAUUAUCUGAGUUUUUUCACCCCCGCCUAGAGUCCUUGCUAGCUAGCAGAAGUGACACCGGUAUCCAAUGUCCUUCACUCCCGCCUGCCAAACACCUGCUCUCGCCAUUGAUAACAGAACUACGGGAAAACAGUGCCCGACAGGCGGGGGCGAAGGACACUGUCUUCCAGUGUAUGUUAGCUAUCCGUUGUCACCCCCCACCCCUUCUUCUGUGGGGUUUAUCCGUGGCUGGCAUCCAACGCUAUUGUGCAUUAAUACCACCUACUGUACUGGAGUGCUCCCCGCCUCCCGCCUGUCCUAACUUAAAAAUUGACCAAUAGAAGUAUAAAGAGAGGUUCCUGCAGAUGCAGGAAUGCCCAAUUGCAGGAACGGCUCAAUGCGUGCCGCAGUUGCACACUUCUCAACUCUUGUAAUAGGCUGCCGCCACUACAUUGCCCCCACCGCUAUUCAAUGCGCAUGCACAUGAGGUAUGGAAAGUAAUUUAUAUAUUUGAUUUCAGACAAAUUGAAUAGAAUAGGUUUAACAAACCAAAGCGUAAUUCCAAUCAUUCUAAUCAGUAAAAUCACUUCAGAUGAACCAUAGCGUUGUCCCACUUUUUGCAGUGUACAGCUCGGCUCGGCUCAGUUAUGUGGAAAGUGCUUCUGUACUGUACCAUUUAAGUCACAUUGUACCAUUAUAACGUUAUCUUACAUAUUGUAUUAAUAAAUUAUUGCUUAAUCAAGUAUAGGCUUGAUUUUAAUAACUUAAAUGGCAUCCUUUUAUUUUUUUAGUUUCAUUGAUCCAUCUAACCAUGCCAUUACAGGGCCAUUACUAAUCAGACAUAACUUGAGUAAAGUCAGAUAUGGUGUCAUAGACCACGUGUACAUUGUGCAGAGUAUGUGUGCAGAGUAUUCCAGAUAGUAGCUCAUAUCCCGCUUAAGGUCUUAUUCGGGAUAAGCUUUGAUAUCCCGCUCACAAGUAUCCCUGUACCAAUGGAAAGUAGCCAGUAGACUAUGUGGUCCAGUAUGGAAUAUAUGCAAAAUAAAUUAUUAUGGAAUUAUGGUGGAUCGAACUACGCAGGUUGCCUACUUUUUUAAGUGAUUUGUUUGACAAUCAGAUGAAAACAUCGUCACACAACACCCAUAAUAUGUGAAACUGAGCCUGCGCAGACCAUGAAAAACCACAGUAAAUGGACAAGAUGUUUACAUGCCACAGUAUCCUUUCUAAAAUCAACAUAUCCCAGGCAUUUUAUCCGGGUUUCUCAUAACCGGGAUACAAGCUUUUUCGGGUUAUUGUAAACGGGAUAUAUCUUUUUUUUUUAAUCUUUAUUUUAACAGGGAAAAACAGACUGAGACCUGGAUCUCUUUUACGGCUGUGCCCUGUGUAAACAUGUUGACAUGUACAGUUUUAGACAUACAGACAAGAACAUUUCAAACAUACAAAACAAAAACACAAUUCAACAGAAACAAUCACAGACAACAUCAUAUUGAUCCUCCAUAACAUUUUUAAAAUGGGCAAGGGACACCAGAGUGUCUAACUUAAGUUGGAUCUGCAGUUUGUUCCAUAAAUAAGGUGCAAAGGAACUGAAGGCAGUCCUACCCAACUCUGUGGAGACCACAAAAGUCUCUAAUGUAAUCCACAUCUGUGAUCUGGUUUUAAAAUUAGUAUAUCUAGUGGAAAUUAAAGAUGAUAUAAAUGGAGGUAGUUUUAAAAGAAGUGCUUUAUAAAUAAACAAGAGAGCAUGUUGCUCUCGCCUCACAGAUAGAGAGGCCCAACCCACAUGUUGAUAUAGGAAACAGUGAUGAGUUUUGUAAAUAUCACCCGUGAUAAACCUGAGUGCACAAUGGUAAAUAGCAUCCAGUGGUUUUAAUGUGUUUGCCGAUGCAUGCAUAUAGAUAAUAUCACCAUAAUCUAAAACGGACAUAAAAGUAGCCUGCACAAUUUGUUUUCUAUUUACGGAGGACAGACAAGCCCUGUUUCUGUAAAGGAACCCUAUCUUGAAUUUGAGCUUUUUUCCCAAUUCAGUAACAUGUUUUUUAAAAGAAAGCCUAUCAUCUAACCAUACCCCUAAGUAUUUAUAUGCAGAGACCUGUUUGAUUUGAGUACCAUCCAAGCUAGUGAUUACAAAAGUGUUUCUAAUUGAGAGUUUAGACCUAGAAAAAAAAAUUGGAUAUGAUGUUUAUAUGCGUCAACUCAAAAACAGAAUACUUGAGUAUCCCGAAUAAUAACGGGAUAUCGGUGUGCAUGUAGACGUUGUCAUAGUAGUCGAUUAAUCUCUUCUUUCCCCCUUGAACGUGUCUAAUGUAGAGCAGCUCCAGGAGAGCAUCGUCCUGGCUCUCCGGCUCCACCUGCUGGCGAACCACCCCGAUGACACCUUCCUGUUACCCAAACUGCUGCAGAAAUUGGCCGACCUGCGGGAGCUGGUCACAGAGCAGGCUCAGUUGGUCCAGGAGAUCAAGAAGACGGAGGACACGUCUCUGCAGCCAUUACUGCAGGAGAUCUACAGAGACAUGUACUGA